GGCAGCAGGAGAACAGCAAAACCUGCAGCCUUGCCUCAGUCGACUUCCGUCUGUUGAUCGAAGAGAUCCGUACAAACUCUUCGUCGGUUCGUUCCAGUUCAACGACACUCUUUUAAAACCGACAACGGCCACGUGUUUUAACAAAUUCAUUUUAAAUUUUAAUUAAUCAAGAUGGUGUGAUUAAUCUUUUUGAUGGAGAUUAGUUUUUAUUUUUUGAAGAAGUCGACUGGAUAUUUAUAAAGAAAAUGUAAAUGAAUGAAAUGAAGUUACUGGAAUGGCUAAUUUCGAAGAACUGUCAUCUGAAGACAGACCUAGAAGAAGUACGUUUUCUCGUUCACACUCUUUACCGCAAUUAUCACAACAUGAUUCCGGAUUAGGAAGUUAUUAUGGGGGUUCUGGAGGUGAUGUUAUUCAAGUUAGUAGAGCGGAACGUUUAGUCGCCGAUUUACGACAAAUCCUCACGCUCAAACAACAUUAUUAUCCGGAAGGGGGAUGGGGAUGGGUCGUUCUUAUCGUUGGCGUUCUCGUUCAUAUUUUAAGUCAAGGUUUUCUUGCUUCUUACGGGUUAUUUUCAACGGAAACUAAUAGACAUUUCCACGUUCCUUCAAAUCAACUCACAGGAUGGUUGGGUGCUGUUUCAACCGGUGUCGCUUUAUUAAUAUCACCAGUUACGAUUGCUUUUUGCAGAAGAAAAUCAACGAGAGUUACAGCUGUAAUGGGAGGAUUAAUUACUGCUUUGGGAUGUCUUUUUACAUCUUUCGCUACACAAUUUCAUCAAUUAUUUUUUAGUUAUGGAACGGUUGUUGGAAUUGGAGUUGGAAUAACAAGAGAUUGUUCAACUUUAAUGGUAGCUCAAUACUUCAAGAGAAAACGAGAAUUCGUCGAAAUUUUUAUCGUUUCAGGAAGCGGAUUGGGAAUAGCGAUUAUGUCUGCUAUAAUAAAAACGACAAUAAGUGCUUUAGGUUGGAGAUUAGGUCUUCAAGUAGUAACGGGCGCAGUUUCCAUAACGUUCAUCUUGGGAACAUUCUACCGAUCGGCAUCUUUAUACCACCCCCAACGAAGGGCGAUACUACACAUAAAAAAUCAAAAACGCAAAAUUAAAGAUAAAAACAAAAUCGAAGAUAAAAUUCCAUUCUUCGAUUUUAGCACGUUAAAAAGCAAAACGGUCCGGAUUUUAUUGGUAUCAACGGGAAUUAGUGCUUUCGGUAUAAACACGCCACUUUUUUAUUUGGCUUAUCAAGCGGAAGUUGAGGGACUCGGAGAUUCGACGGUUUUCUUACAAAUGUAUUUAGGGAUCGCUUGGACUGUUGGAUGUGUUGUUUUUAGUACUUUAGUCCUUCACAAUUCAACUGAAUGUAGAAUUGCGAGGCAAUAUCUUUGCCAAACUGCCGUUUUUAUGUGCGGUUUAUCAAUUUUAGCUUUUACGGUUGUUAGUGGAAAUUAUCAUGCUUAUGUUAUGUUUGCAUGGAUUUAU